GUUUAUGGAAAUAUCUCAAUCAUUUUCUUUUUAUUUUCAUUGGCGCAAUUCAAUUCUCACAUGUUCUCUUCUCUUGUCACUAUUCUAUAAUAAUAAUAAAAAAAAAACUUAAUAAGCUAGAGGGAGAAUAAAUAGAGUAGAAGUGGGAGGCCAAUAUGAAUAUUAGAAAAUGAACAGUAUGGAUGAAUUUACAAAAGGAAAUGGAAGGAAAGUAUGUGUAACUGGAGCAUCAGGUUUUGUUGCUUCAUGGAUUGUUAAGUUGUUGCUUCAAUCUGGUUAUGUUGUCAAUGCUACUGUUCGUGAUCCAAGUGAUCCUAAAAAGACAGAGCAUUUGAUGGAACUAGAAGGAGCAAAGGAAAGGCUACACCUAUUCAAAGCAGAAUUAAUGGAAGAAGGCUCAUUUGAUUCUGCUGUUGCUGGAUGUGAAGGUGUUUUCCAUGUUGCUUCUCCUGUUAUUUUUACUCCUAAAGAUCCUCAGGCAGAUGUAAUUGAUCCAGCCCUAAAGGGAACACACAAUGUUCUUGCUUCUUGUAAAAAGUUUUCAAGUGUAAAAAGGGUCAUUUUUACUUCUUCAGGAGCUGCUAUUUUUUUUAAUGGUAGAACCUUAGCUCCUGAUGUGCUGGUUGAUGAAACUUGGUUUUCUGAUCCUCAACUUUGCAAGGGUUCGGAUGUGAUGUGGUAUACACUGUCAAAGACAUUAGCAGAAGAAGCUGCAUGGAAAUUUGCGAAAGAAAAUGAGAUUGACAUGGUGUGUAUGAAUCCUACCAUGACAAUUGGCCCUAUGUUGCAGCCAACUCUUAAUGAAAGUGUAGCUUCAGUUCUCAACUUGAUCAAUGGGUCAGGACUUUAUCCAAACCAUGCAUGUCCUUGGGUACACGUUAAAAAUGUAGCAGAAGCUCAUAUACGUGCAUUUGAGAUCCCUUCGGCUAAGGGGAGAUACAUUUUAGCGGAAAGGGUGCUACAUUUUUCCGAAGUUUUGGAGAUUUUGCAUGAAAUUUACCCCCAUUUAGUGCUUCCUCAUAAAUGCGUGGAAGUCCUUACGAUUAUGCGUAACAAAUUUAAAGUUUCCAACUCUAAAGCAAAAAGCUUGGGGAUCGAGUUUAUUCCAUUCGAAGUAAGCUUUAAGGAGACCAUUGAAAGCUUGAAAGAGAAAAAGUUUGUACAACUUUAGUUUUGGACGUAAUAAUGAUGAUUGUGAUUUAUAUAUUUUAAUAUUCGUUUUUUUUUUUCAUAAAAUCCCUAUGAAAAUUUUAAAUAGGGUAAUUUACUAAUUUAAAUUGGAUGGAGGAAGUAUAUUGUACUUCAUUUUUCAAUCAUUUGUUGUAAUAAUGUCUAUAAUGAGAAAUUUGAAUUAGUUAUGCAUGAACUUAA